UUUCCAACAACAACACUUCCUGUUGUGUUUUUCCUGCUUAUCAAACCAGGAAGAUGGGUUUCCCCUCGUCCAAAUGGAUUAGUAAUUUGCUAUUUUGCUGUUUUUUCGCCGGUAUCAGCUGUAAUUCAGUGGAAAAGAAGAUUUAUUUGCAUCUCAAUUACACUUUCCCAUGUGUACGACUGCUCAAUGCAACACAUCAAAUAGGCUGCCAGUCAUCUAUGUCAGGUAAUGUGGGUGUGCUUCAUGUGCUGGAGUCAGAGGAAAACCUGGACUGGGUCCUGAGUUCUGGUCCCAAUCCUCCUUAUAUGGUCAUCUUGGAUGCCCCGCUCUUUACCAGAUCCAUCAUGAUGAAGUUGAAGAGCAGCUCAGGCAGAGUGGCAGGCGUUGCUGUUGUGGCGCCAAACACGAACCCGGCAGAGAGCUUCUCUCCACACACCACCUGUCCCAACGAGAACACAGGUGUUUAUUCAGAAACCUACGGUCCGGCCAUGGCUAAUUGUAACAUGACAGUGUGGAACCCGCUGGGAAACGGUCUUUCGUACGAGGAGUUUGAUUUCCCUAUAUUUUCACUCAAAGACGACAAUGACACUCGAGUCAUACGACAGUGUUACUUGGACCAUAACCAAGCUGUGAAUAACAGCACUCCUCAGUACCCACUGUGUGCUAUGGAGCUCUACUCCCACAUGUUUGCUGUCACCGACACGGCCACCUGCAUGAGAAGAAAUGACAUCAGCUUCAGCAUCAGCCCAGAGAUGGUUUGUGACCCACUGGGUGACUAUAAUGUUUGGGGCUCCACCAGACCGAUCAACAACACAGUCAAGGGCCAUAAAAUGUGGGAGAAUGUGGUCAUCGCAGCAGCCAGGCUGGACAGCAGGUCAUUUUUCUAUGAUAUAGCUCCAGGAGGAGAAAGUGGAGUCUCUGGCUUUGUCACCCUCCUGGCGGCCGCUCACGCUCUCCGUAACGCCACCCAGGAAGCUCAACCCAACCGCACCAUCGUGUACACCUUCUUCCAAGGGGAAACCUUUGACUACAUCGGCAGUUCAAGGAUGGUGUAUGACAUGCAGAACAAGCAGUUUCCACUGGACCUGGACAACAUUCACUCAGUGUUGGAGAUUGGACAGGUGGGGCUUCGUGCUGACUCUAGACUGUGGCUUCACACCGAUCCCGUGUCCAGGAGAAACGACAGCAUCAAUCAAGAAGUGGAGGAGCUGAUCAAAAACCUGCACUUGGCUGCCACAAAUUUAAGUGUCACACCAGUUGCACCCACUGUCUCCCAGCCACUCCCGCCCUCAUCCUUCCAGCGUUUCCUACGAGCUCAGCAAAUCCCUGGUGUUGUUCUGGAGGAUCAUCAGUCUGAAUAUGUUAACCGGUUCUAUGAGAGCAUGUAUGAUAAUGCAGAAUACCUGAACGUGCUUUACCCGUCGGAUCUGACGCCUGAGGAACAGCUAAAGUUUAUCACCGCCUCUGCAAAGGCUCUGACCGAGGUGGCCACAUUGGUCGCUCGCACUCUGUACAUGCAGGCAGGAGGAGCAGAAUCUCUACUGAGCAGCAUAAGUGCAGACCCUCAAAUAGUGACCCAGAUGCUGUACGGUUUCCUUGUUCGGCCAAAUAACUCCUGGUUCCAGGAACUAGUCCCCUCAGACUUCACAAGUCACCUGUCUGACAGACCCCCAAACAUGUACGUCGGUGCGAUCCAGCAGCCCAGUGAACCCACUCUCUUGGUCCAGUACCUGUUGGCCAAUCUGACCGGCAGCACCGUCAAUGUCACCCAGGAAGACUGCCAGAACCAGAGAGAGGAUAAGGACGACAAAGACAGCAAACAUAUGUACACCUACGUAUGGGUUCAGGGUGCAGUGCCUCCCAACAGUACAGAAAGGGAGGGUUUCUGCGUGCGCUCCUCCGCUCGUCUCACCAAAGCCGUGUCCCCGGCGUUUGAACUGCGACAGUUCACCACCUCAGAAUACUCCACAUGGACAGAGUCCAGGUGGAAGGCCAUUAAAGGACGUAUGUUCCUGGUGGCCAGUCAUGAAUUGGAGAUGUUGACGUUAGGUGUUGGCAUUGGCGUGCUGCUAACAUCCCUCUUGCUGACGUACGUCAUCAGCGCCAAGGCCGACAUACUCUUCAGCUCAGGGCGAGAACCCGCCAACGCCACCUACUGAUCCACAGCGAGGCGACGCAGGCCCACGACCACUACUACUUACCACCACCAUUACUACUAAUUCUACUUUUAUCGUAAAACCAGACUUCAACAGGACAUUUUGUUUCAAACACGACACGUGUAGGUACACAGACAGGUUAGACACCACAGCAGCAGGAGGGGAAGGGAGCGGGUUUAGUAGACAACAACUCUGUGAUCAUGGACUCACUACGGUGAGGUGUGAGAUGAGGACUGGCCUAUGUGGAUGGAUCUGGACUCAUCAGGGUUAGAAAACACUGGUCAGGCACCAGAAGACCCUGCCAGUGGGAAAAGAUGUUUAUAUUUCUUUUCCUUUUAUUAUUUUUCUUCUUUUUAAUGUGGAAGAAUGUUUUGUUUACUGUGUCAUGGGAUGGGCACUAAACAUUAAGCAUUAUUUUUGAGUGUGUGUAUGAUUGUGAAAAUGUAAAUGUGACUGAGUGAGUGUUUGUGUGUGUGUGUGAAAAGCUGUAUGGUGCAAUACUGUAGCUGUCUUCUCUGUCAUGUAGUUAACUUAUCACUCAAUCCUAAUAAUAAGAAACCACUUCAUGAGUCAAUGAACAAGUAGUAAUAUAAAAAAAAGUCAACAAAAUCUGAAAAGGUGUCGCUAGGUAUUUUAGUUUCUGGGAAUUAGACAGAUUUGAUACAUUUUUGAAAAGGCAAAUUCUACUAAAACUAAAACUAUUUGUUAUUUUAAAACCAGUGCACAUGUCCUGUAUAACUCAAUUGUAUGUAGUUGUAAAUCCCACUGUGAUUUCACAUAUUGUGAUAUUUGUGUGGCGAAGAAGGAUUUCCCUAACGUGCAAGAGUCUGAAGUGGCUGACUGUCUCUUCGCUUUUAUCAAUCAGCUGCUAAAAAUCUUUCAAUUCAGCCAGAAAAUCUGCUUUGACACUGAAAAUGUGUUGGUACUCUGGCUGUGCACUCGUUUUUUCGGUUCACGCCUUUUUCACAAGGUUUCCUUUAACUUCUGAGAAAUUUUGACAAGAGUUAAUUUUGUUGAUGGAUGUUCAUUUAAUGGCUGGAUCAAUUGUGAUGCCUUGGUGAGAUAAAAUAAACAUUGCUUGUUUUCCA